CUCUGUUCUCCAUUCGGACGGUGCUCUACGCCGCUAGAAUUUGACCACCCUACAGAGUAUCGAGAAUUGGAAUCAAUAUGGCGUCUCCAGCAGCCCGAUCCGCCGAAAUACCGCCGGUGCCUGCACCAUCGAACCCCGUUCUCCUUGCGACACAGGCGCAUUGGCUGUUCACCGAUGAGGAGCUCACGCGGACACCAUCGCAACUGGAUGGCAUGACCAUGGAGGCCGAACACACGAGUCGCAGCAAGGGCGUCAACUUUAUCUCUCAGGUGGGUCUCUUGCUCAGGCUACCGCAACUCACUCUCGCCACCGCCGCCGUCUACUUCCAUCGAUUCUACAUGCGAUACAGCAUGGUUGAUCUGCCGCAGCGGCCUGGGAUGCAUCCGUAUACGACCGCGGCGACGUCGCUUUUCCUGGCUACAAAAGUGGAGGAGAACGUGCGGCGGAUGAAGGAGCUGGUGAUAGCGUGCUGUCGAGUGGGUCAGAAACAGCCCAACCUGGAGGUGGACGAGCAGUCCAAGGAGUUCUGGCGAUGGCGCGACAACAUUUUGGUCCACGAAGAUGUCCUUUUGGAGGCGCUUUGCUUCGACCUGCAGUUGGAGCAACCGUACCGCAUCCUCUACGACUUCAUCUGUUUUCUCGGCAUGCAGGAUCACAAACCGCUCCGCAACGCCGCAUGGGCCUUUGUCAACGAUUCCGGAUACACCGCCCUCUGCCUGCAGUUCACAGCCCGCACCAUUGCGGCCGCCGCUCUGUACGCUGCCGCCCGGCAUUGUGACAUCGGGUUUGAAGACGACGUGCUCGGCCGCCCGUGGUGGGAGCAGCUCGAUGUAGACCUGGCUCAGGUGCGUCGCGCGUGUGCCCGAAUGGCCAAGCUCUAUGAAAACAAUGCGCUGCAGAAACGAAACCUGUACUACCUAACCACCCCCAUCAGCGCAGACGAGGGUACUGAGAAGACCAGGAUCCCGCACGCGGGCGGCCCGGCGGGCACUUCUGCGCAUGAGGCGGACCUCGUCAACGGACGGAAACGCUCGAGGGAACCCGACGAGGAGACUCACGCCCACUCCUUCAACGACUCGAUCGACUCGCCCAACCCAGACCCGAAAUUGAAUGGGGGACGAUCCCCCAAGCGACCACGCAAAGAUUCCGAGGGGGGCCCCCCCGAGAAGAAUCCGACUUCCUCACACGGGCCGUCCACGGCGCCCGCCACCAGCGGAGGGCCAUCAUUCUCGCACGAGCGCCACUCUGCAAAUGGACAUGGCCCCCCGGUUCCUCCCUCGCAUUCGCAGCCAUACCCGCAGCCCCGGCACCCACAUCCGUUACCACCCGCGCCUCGACCGUUCUCUCGGCGUGAUAGUGGCAGCCGGCCCGAGGGAGUGAAACCUGGGAUGCCAGUCGACCCCAUCCAGCAACGGAUCGACGAGAUUGUGCAACAAAACAUGCCUCCUCAAGGCGUCUCUGGCAGAACGGACCGGCGCCAUCCAGAUCGGCAUCGUGGCGACCGAGAUACUGAGCCCGACUCGGGACGACGACGGCCGUCCGUUUCCACCGGUGGCAGGCAACCGUCGCAGGAUGAGCCUUCGCACCCGGAGCAUUUACCUCCGCCACCUCCGCCACCACCCCCGGAAGAGGAGCCCCAACCCCCCGCGCAGCCGACGCCUCCCCCGGCGCCUGACCGGGACGAUGAGGGCGGUGGCAGUGAAGAGGGCGAGUUAUAGGGUGGUCACCUUCCUCUCCGCUCCUCCGACGAACCCCCAUACCCCACCCCUCCCCGAGCCCAAUCAACCACCCUCCCCGAGCCCACCGACGCUGUAUCCCGCAUGGGCCAGCGAAAACCAAGGACAUUCGGCUGCGCAGGAAGGAGCCGCCGAUACCUGCAUACAUACUUGUCCUCCUCACCGCGGAAAUGCACGCACGCAUUCCCCAUUAACCUCCGACUGACGGCGGGCUGUUAAAUGAACGAGGAGGCCGGACGGCCACGCCACAUAACUUGCACGGGAGAGACAGAUAUCUGCGACGAACCCGACAUGUAAUUAAUAUCGAUAAGCAG